UCCGGCGCACUUUCGGGUGCAGGGGGCACGUCAAGAUCACCAAGCCCGGGCUGAAGAAACUCGAUGACCGGAGUGCGCCAAUGGUGCUCCUCGGCUACGUGCAAGGCUCGAAGGCCUACCGGCUCUAUGAUCCAGUCAGCGAGCGCGUCCAUGUGUCAGGGACGUGGUGUUUGAUGAAGACGCCGCCUGGGACUGGGGACCAGUGACGCCCGAUGGUGCUCCCCAGCUCGAGCCGUUCACCGUCGAAUAGGUGGUGACGACCACCAUCGGGACGGCACCUGCUUCGUUGCCGACUCCGCCCUCGCCACCAUCGCCGGCUCCGUCGGCCCCCACGACGCCGGCACCUCCGUCGCCUCCGUUGCCGGAGGCGGUUGAGUUUGUCAUGCCGCCUACCCAGGAUUCCAUCCUGGACGCCGACGCAGAUGACGACGUCGUGCCUCGCUACCGCCUGGUGGAUAACCUGCUGGGGAAUGCCUCACCGCCUGGACACGCUCCGCGGGUGCUGGAAUAGCUCGAGCUCCAUGUUGUGAGCGCCGACGAACCUGCUUCACUGGCUGAGGCGGAUCCAAACUGGCGUGGCGCCAUGCAAGACGAGCUUAACGCGAUCGUCGACAACGACACUUGGUCGCUCACUGACCUACCCCAUGGCCACCGUGCAAUUGGGCUAAAAUGGGUCUACAAGCUGAAACGUGACGAACAGGGGGCGAUCGUGCGCUACAAGGCGCGCCUCGUCGCUAAGGGGUACGUCCAAUGACAGGGGGUGGACUUCGACGAGGUCUUCGCACCUGUCGCCCGGCUGGAAUCGGUGCGCCUCCUUCUCGCCGUCGCCGCGCACCAAGGGUGGCAAGUCCACCACAUGGACGUCAAGUCGGCAUUCCUCAACGGCGAGCUGCUCGAGGAAGUUUAUGUCUCGCAGCCGCUGGGUUUCGUCGACGACAACCACAAGAACAAGGUGUAUCGCCUGCACAAAGCUCUUUACGGCUUGCGCCAGGCGCCUCGCGCGUGGAAUGCCAAACUUGAUAGCUCCUUGCUGUCACUCGGCUUUCACCGCAGCAGCUCCGAGCAUGGUGUGUACACACGCACCAGGGGAGGAAGACGACUGACGGUGGGCGUCUACGUCGAUGACCUCAUCAUCACCGGCGAUCACGACGACGAGAUCCGCAGCUUCAAGGGAGAGAUGAUGAAGCUCUUCAAGAUGAGUGAUUUGGGGCACUCAGAUACUACCUCGGCAUCGAGGUUACCCAGGACAGUGAUGGGAUCACGCUGGGGCAAGCCGCAUAUGCCGGCAAGAUUCUUGAGAAGGCAGGACUCAAGGACUGCAAUCCCUGUCAGACUCCCAUGGAGGUACGUUUGAAAUUGAGAAAGGGUUCAGAUUUUCCACUUGUGGAUGCUACAUUGUAUCGCAGCUUGGUUGGGAGUCUGCGCUAUCUCGUCAACACGCGACCCGACCUGGCAUUCUCUGUUGGGUAUGUCAGUCGCUUCAUGGAGUCACCCAGGGAAGAUCAUCUCGCAGCCGUUCGGCGCAUACUGCGCUAUGUGGCAGGCACUCGCUGCUGGGGAAUUCGAUUUGGCCCAGGUGCACGGUGCGCUUUGCCAAUGUUGGUUGGUUACUCUGACAGUGAUCUGGCUGGCGAUCCAGAUGAGCGAAAGAGCACGUCCGGCCAGAUUUUCUUCGUCAAUGGCGGGCCUAUCACUUGGCAGUCCUCCAAGCAGAAGGUGGUGGCAUUGUCCUCCUGUGAGGCCGAGUACAUCGCCGCAGCCGCCGCAACAUGUCAAGGAGUAUGGCUCGCGCGGCUGUUAGCGGAGGUGCUGGGCGACGAGAUCGCCGCACCGCUGCUGAAGGUGGACAACCAGUCCACAAUAUCAUUGAUAAAAAAUCCAGUGCAUCAUGACCGGAGUAAGCAUAUCGAUGUCAAAUAUCAUUAUAUCCGGGAGUGUGCAGAAAAGAAACUGAUCGAAAUGAUGUUCGUGGGAACUGCGGAGCAGCUCGGUGAUAUAUUCACCAAAUCUCUGGGCAGAACCAGGUUUCAGGAGCUUCGUUUAAAGAUCGGUGUCUGUUCUCUUGACAAGAGCGGUCAGACUUAAGGGGGUGAUUUGUUAGUAAUAAGUCUAGCUGCUCAGAGUAGUUAGUUUCCCUCCGUUUUUACGUUGAGUCUUGUACAUGAUCUGUUCAUCCUGUUUGUGUUCAUAGUGGGCUUGACGCACGCUGCGUUCGUGCGGAGUCCGUGGUGUCGUGCGUGGUGUGCUCCAGUUCGUGGGAUGGCGCGAAGUGGCAAGGAGUGUGGCACGCACAAUUAGGAGGCCACUAUGGCCACGUUUAACUUUCUUGUAACUUGCUAUUUAAUGUUAAGCUCUAAUCCAGAAAAGCUGCCUUUCUGUUUUGCUAGACAAGCUACAUUUCGUUUUGCCGCUAACAGCCGCCCACUCCACCACUAGUCCACUGCCUCGACUGUACCGCCGCCCCCACGUGGCCGGCGCCGGCGCCACCGACCGACCGCCCGUGACGCCACGCCAUCCAAUCCGCCCGAAUCCGCCCCGCAAGAUUCCGCCGCCGAAUUCCCCCGCCAUAAAUAGCCGCAAGUGUGACUGUGUGUGAGCACUGCAGCAGCAGCAGCCGCCAUCACAGUCUCAGCUCACUCGCUCUUCUCCAGAGGAGGCGGCGGUCUCUCCUCCCCCCCUCGCCGUCUGCCGGAGAUGAAGUGGGCCGCCGCCGCCGCCGCCACUGCCUCGGCCGCGGCCACCGCCGUCGCGUCCGCCGCCACCGCCGCCGCCACCGAGCGCUGCGUCACCCCAUGCUCCAAUCCCACGGCACGCUCCAUCCCGAGACCUUUGUUCCUUGUGGCUGGGUGUGGAUUGCUCACGCUCGCGCGUGUUUGUUUGUUACUUCUGCAGGGGUCGCCGGCGUCGAGGGGGAAUGGGCGGAGGAGCGCGGCGGAGGACCGGUUCGCGCCGCGGUUCGACGGGCUGCGCUUCAUCGAGACCCUCGUCACCGCUCACCGUUGAACCGCCAUGGCAGAGCAGGAUUCAUGGCUUAGUUAGGUAGCUAGAUUAGCAUUCGCGAAGAGCAGAAUGGAUUUCAGUUAGCCUCAGGAUGGGUGAAAGAUGAACGAAUUAGUUACUACUACCAUCAUUAAUUGACUGUGCUGUUCUUCCUGCUUAAUCUGAGUUUGAAUUUUGUGCAAAUUUUGGCAAA